AUGGAGGGCGACUCCGAUUCCUCGAAAACUAGUCCCUCCGGUGAACAAAAUGAGGGUGGAAGCGAGAGCGGGGAGAAUUACGAUGAUAUUGAAGAAAGUGGUAAGCCAAAAAACAAUGGAGGAAGCUCAAGCAACAGCACAGUUGAAGAGAGUGAUCAAAGGAAGGCCUCAGUUCGACCCUAUGUUAGAUCCAAGAUGCCUAGGCUCCGAUGGACACCGGAUCUUCAUCUCCGUUUCAUCCACGCCGUGGAGAGGCUUGGUGGUCAAGAGAGAGCUACACCAAAGUUGGUUCUUCAACUGAUGAACAUUAAGGGACUAAGUAUUGCGCAUGUCAAGAGCCAUUUACAGAUGUAUAGAAGCAAGAAGAUCGACGACGCAGGCCAAGUUCUCGCGGAUCAUCAAGGCCAUCUUGUUGAAUGUGGAGAUAAAAAUAUUUAUAACCUCAGCCAACUUCCCAUGCUUCAAGGAUAUAACCGAAGCCACAGUACCAGCUUCAGAUAUGGAGAUGCCAAAUCUUGGACCGCUUACGAAAACCCAAGGUACCCGAGAAGCACUGGAUUUCAAGGCAACUGGAGUUCAAGUAGUGCUUACAAUUAUCUGACAAGUUGUUCAUUUGGUGAACAAUCUUCUUGGAUUGCUCGAACACUGAAACAAGAAUGCCAAUUAUAUAAUAUCCGUGAGUCCUUGCAAGCUCAGCACCAACAUCAAGCCAGGUUGAGCCAGCAGCUGAUUGAUCUUAACCCCACAAGUACCCAUGUCCAAGUGCAACACAAGCCAAAGGAACUCAUCACAAGUUUCAACAACAGCAACAAUCUAGAGCUCACGUCAAAGAAGAAUGAGGAUCAUCAGUCGAAAUCGUUGAAAAGAAAGGCUUCGGAUUGCGAAGAUCUCGAUUUGGAUCUCUCUCUCAGGCUAACAUCAAGGAACAAGAAUGAAGAUGAUAUUCAUGAAGUUGAUAGUAGUCUGUCUUUGUCAUUGUACUCACCCCCAUCCUCAAAGCUCAGCAGGUUGUAG